AAGGCCAGAACGUCUCGCGUCGCCCUCGUCUCUCUGCGAUGUCUCAGUCAAAUGACCAAACUGCCCCUGAUCUGCCAUGGCGAACCAGGAUCGCCGUCUCCAUUGGAACAACCGUCACCGACUUUUGCCGGCGAGAUAACGGCACAAUCAACCGCCGUCUCCUCAAACUCCUCGAACUAACCAUCCCGGCAACCGGAAAACCAGAAACCGUCCACGGAAAACCAGGAACCACCGUCACAGCCAAGGACAUUACCCUAGAUCCAGCCAAAAACCUGUGGGUUCGCGUCUUCGCACCAAAUGGAAAACCCGAAGGUAAUGCGAAGAGCAGUUUUCCGGUCAUCAUUUACUUUCAUGGUGGCGGUUUCACCUUUGGGUCGCCUGCCUCGAGGGGCUUCCACCACCUUUGCAAGCGGUUUUCUGGCGAGAUUCCAGCCGUCGUGGUUUCUGUGAACUACAGGCUCUCGCCGGAAAACCGUUACCCGGCGCCGUACGAGGACGGAGUGGAGGUGAUGAGGUGGAUUUCGGGAGCCGGAAGGAAGUCUUCCGGCGAUGGGGCGUUGCCGGAAAAUGCAGAUGUGUCGAGGUGUUUCUUGGCUGGGGACAGUGCGGGUGCAAAUAUCUUGCACCAUGUUGGCUACCAAACCACGAAAUCAGCGGAUGAAUUCUGGCCGGUAAAGGUUGCCGGUCACAUUCUAUUGCAACCAUUCUUCGGAGGCGAGGAGCGGGUGCCAUCGGAGCUCAGAAUAACAAAUGCGCCCAUAAUAUCCAUAAAUCGUACUGACUGGCACUGGAAGUUCUUUUUGCCAGAGAAUUCAAAUCGAGACCAUCAUGCAUCAAAUGUUUUCGGCCCAAACUCGCAGGAAAUCGGCGAUUUGGAUUUUCCGGCAAGUCUCGUGUUGAUUGGCGGAUUGGACCCCUUACAAGAUUGGCAAAGAAGGUAUUUUGAAUGGCUAAGGAAGAACAAUAAGGUGGUGGAGUUGUUGGAAUACCCUAAGGCAUUUCAUGCCUUUUAUGCGUUUCCAGGGGCCAAAGAGAUUAACCAGCUAAUAUUGGAUUUAAAGGCGUUUAUUCAAAAAUAUGAGGGAUGAAAUAAGUUAAAUAUUUCACCUUCAAUCAUUUACUUGAUAUUCAUGUUAAGUGGAAGGUUGGCUUGCGAAGUUGUUGAGUCGUUAUGCCAAGUAAAUUAGAAGUUGAGAGUGUUGAUAUGUAAAAAUAUGAAAACCUUGAAGUGAUUUAGAUGAAAA